AUGCUAUCUAAAAAUGGAGUUAUAGCCUUAUGGUUUUUUAUAAUAACUUGCGUAGUAAUAAUCGCAUGGGCAACAUUUCAGUAUAUAGAAAGGAUAGGCCCCUCUUCCUCAAAAACCACAUUUAAAACAAGUACAGCAUGCAACCAGACAGAAAAUAAUUUAACUAGUUCAAUGAAUAAUGACUCGACAGAGAAUGUAAUAGGAAGUGAGGCAGAUAAAGAGAAAAAUAAAAAAUUAGAUGGCACAGCAUCUUCCAUAAAAAAAUCUGAGUCAAAAUUGAAGAAAAGUGGUGUUGUAAAAAAAGACACUGCAACCAGUUCGGUUUCUGCCAUAGAUGCCCAUGAAGAAAUACAAAGCAAGGAAGACGGAUUUUACAAAAAAAAUGAAUUUCCUAGUAAUAUUAUAAACUCUACUGUGGACAUUGGUAAAGGUGGGUGUAGAAUUACUAAAAACAAUCCUAUUAGUACUGCAAGCAGCAGUACACGUCGUUCUAACUCUAUUGGAAUACAGAAAAAUCCUAGUACUGGCUACUAUGACUUAUCAUCAUCAGACAGCGAUGAGCCACAGAGUAAUCCACCAAUUCCAAGAAGGAAAAAGAAUGAUACAAAUACAUCAACUUACACUAUGUAUGUUGAAAAGGGAGUUUGUAAGGACCAUAAAUUUGUUGGAAUUGGGCAUUUUUGCACUCCAAAGUGCAACCAUAAUGUCGGACGCGGUAAAUAUGGCUAUGACACAAAAUAA